AUGAUUCCUUUAAAUAUUUGUUUCGCUUUUUUAUUUCCAUAUAUUUUCCCACUUUUUUUUUCUCUUUCCAUUUUCUUCUUCAAACAUUUUUUUUUAUUUUCUUUCGCUUUCUUUUAUUUCAACGUUUUUCUUUUCUUCAAAUCGUCUUCACCGUCAUAUUUUUUUCUUUCUUUAUUAUCAAAAUUAUUUUCGUCUUUGACUUUAGGUCUCUUUUUUAUAUCUCUGCCCAAAUAUAUUUUGGACUUUUUUUUUCUCUUUCAGUACAGCUUUUCUUUACAAUUUCUAUCUCUUUCUCAUAAUAAAAUUUGGCCUUUUAUCAGUGAAAGUGUUCGUAAGCUCCACGGAAAUUCUUCUCAUUCCCUUUGUUUAUUUAACAACACUUUCACUUCGUUUCUCUUUGAGAAAUCUUGCAACCAUUGGAUUAUAAUCUGUUCUUUCCAAUUUCGUUCACUCAUUGUUUGUCUAUCUCUUCCCUCUUCCCUAAGUCAUUUUACUGACAUUUUUGUAUUUUUCUUUCUUUCUUUCUUUCUUUCUUUCUUUCUUUCUUUCUUUCUUUUACACGUUCUUUUUAUUUCAUACAUUCUCGGCUUUUUCUUCUUUUUUUCUUUUUUUUAUUUCUCAUUUUCUAUCUUCUUUUCUUUUCGGACUUUCGUUCCGUUCUUUCGCUUUUCCCUGAAAUUGUCUUUCUUUUCUUUUUCUUUCUUUCUUUCUUUCUUUCUUUCUUUCUUUCUUUCUUUCUUUCUUUCUUUACCAUUUCAUUUUUACCUUUCAAGUUCUAUCGUUCUUUCGCUUUUCCCUGAAAUUGUCUUUCUUUCUUUCUUUCUUUCUUUCUUUCUUUCUUUCUUUCUUUCUUUCUUCAUUUCUAUCGUUCUUUCCCUUUCCCUGUCAUUUUCUUUCUUUCUUUCUUUCUUUCUUUCUUUCUUUCUUUCUUUCUUCUUUCUUUCUUUCUUUCUUUCUUUCUUUCUUUCUUUUCUGUUUUCCAGUCUAUUCUGA